CCACUGCUUCCUCGGAUCCCUGGUUGGUCUUCUGGAGAAGAAGGACUCACACGUCAACGAGUUUCCCCGGUGCCCAUUGGUGGAUGAGGCGGGGCUGCCGGCGCCCGGGCGCCAGCGCGGGCGUUCGAACCCGCGCUUGGUGGCGUUACCAUGGGGAUGCGGCCGGGCCGGCGCCCCAAAAGCUGAAUUUAUAAAAACUCAUUCACAAAAAUGACGUCCUGGUUGUAUGAAUGUCUUUGUGAAGCUGAACUUGCACAGUAUUAUCCUCAUUUUACUGCCCUUGGCCUUCAAAAAAUAGAUGAAUUAGCCAAGGUUACAAUGAAGGACUACUCCAAAUUGGGAGUCCAUGACAUGAAUGACCGCAAACGUCUCUUCCAACUUAUCAAAAUCAUUAAAAUAAUGCAGGAAGAAGAUAAAGCAGUCAAUAGCCCCGAGCAUCCUCUUCAGACAGACAGCUUGUGUAGUAAGCCUCAGGAAUCCAGAUCUGGCCCUCGCAGACAACUGCAUUUUGAUUCUCCUGCUGACAACAAAGACAGAACUACCAGCAACGGUGGGUUUGAAAGGCACAGUUUAUCAGAUUUUUCUGCAAAUGAACAGAAGUCUAGUUACCUAAAAGUGCUGGAGCACAUGCUGCCAGAUGAUUCCCACUACCAUACAAAAACAAGAAUUCUGAGUGCUGCAGCUGCUGGUUCCUAUGUGCAAACAGAAACUAACACUUCACUCUUCUCAUCAAAUCACUUUUCUCCACUCCUGGGGGAUUAUGAUGGUCCCAUUAUUCAAAGAGUCUCUCAUGUUUCAGGGUAUAACUAUGGAAUCCCUCAUUCUUGUAUCAGACAGAACACCUCAGAGAAAGAGAAUCCUUGGACUGAGAUGGAGAAAAUCAGAGUUUGUGUUCGAAAACGCCCUCUGGGCAUGAGGGAGGUACGUCGUGGAGAAAUUAAUAUUAUUACCGUAGAAGACAAAGAAACUCUACUUGUUCAUGAGAAGAAAGAAGCAGUUGACCUUACACAAUAUAUUCUGCAGCAUGUUUUUUAUUUUGAUGAAGUCUUUGGUGAAGCAUGCACCAAUCGGGAUGUAUACAUGAAGACUACUCACCCACUCAUUCAGCAUAUUUUCAAUGGAGGCAAUGCCACUUGCUUCGCAUAUGGACAGACAGGUGCUGGGAAGACCUAUACCAUGAUAGGAACUCAUCAGAACCCAGGACUCUAUGCUCUGGCUGCCAAAGACAUCUUCAGGCAACUAGAAGUGUCCCAGCCGAGAAGGCCCCUCUUCGUGUGGAUCAGCUUCUAUGAAAUCUACUGUGGACAACUUUAUGACCUCUUAAAUAGAAGGAAGAGGCUCUUUGCAAGAGAAGAUAGCAAGCACGUGAUACAGAUAGUGGGACUGCAAGAGCUUCAGGUGGAUAGUGUGGAGCUCCUCUUAGAGGUGAUUCUAAAGGGCAGCAAGGAGCGCAGCACUGGGGCCACUGGAGUUAAUGCGGACUCCUCCCGCUCCCAUGCUAUCAUCCAAAUUCAGAUCAAGGAUUCAGCCAAGAGGACAUUUGGCAGGAUCUCUUUUAUUGACUUGGCUGGCAGCGAAAGAGCAGCAGAUGCCAGAGACUCAGACAGACAGACAAAGAUGGAAGGCGCAGAAAUAAACCAGAGUCUUCUGGCUCUGAAGGAAUGUAUCCGUGCGUUGGAUCAGGAACACACCCACACUCCCUUCAGGCAAAGCAAAUUAACUCAGGUCCUGAGGGAUUCUUUCAUUGGUGAUGCCAAAACCUGCAUGAUUGCCAACAUCUCACCAAGCCAUGUGGCCACCGAACACACUCUGAAUACCUUGCGUUAUGCUGACCGGGUCAAAGAACUUAAAAAAGGCGUUAAAUGUUGUACUUCAGCUACAAGUCGAAAUCGGACCUCUGGAAACUCUUCUCCAAAAAGAAUUCAGAGCUCCCCUGUGGCCCUGCCAGGGGACAAGUGUUCUCCCAAAAAGGUCAAGCUGGGGCUUCAGCAGUCAUUCAUGGCAGCUCCUGGCUCCACGAAAGGGAAGGCCCAUCCUCUGGCCAGCCACCCGCCCAACAUCCCUUUUGCACCUGUACCUAAAAUUCCUGGUAAGACAGGUGGACCCAGAGGGAGUCCUCCCCAGGAGUGGGUCAUUCAGACCAGCCCUGUCAAAGGAGCCACGCAGUCUAGACAUUCAGCUCAAAAAAGGGCAGAAGAAUCUGCACCCUUGUGCUGUGAGAAAAAUCAAAUGGGCAACAAAACUGCCCGCAGGUGGGGAAGCAAGGCUGCCAGCCCAGGAGAAGCCCCAGCACGCGGGAAGCUACCCUCCAAGUGCAAGACAGUGCAGCCUGUGCAGCGGCAGCUGGUGUCACGGGCCGAGCUCUCCUCUGGCAGCCUCCACCACUUAGCAAAAUCCGGGCAGGGCAGCAAGGGGAGCACAUCUGCCAGGCCUGCCUCACAAGUGUGGACAGACGUCCCUCCACAUCAGAAAGAGAGGGAGGAACAUUUGCGCUUCUAUCAUCAGCAGUUCCAGCAGCCACCUCUCCUCCAGCAGAAGUUCAACUACCAACCACUGGAAAGGUUUUUAUGCCAGUACAGGCCCCUGGAGGGGCAGUUCCAGUUCCAGAAUGAGACCCCUCUCCCCUUCUGCUCUUACUCUGAGAGCCAGGAUGGAGCCCAUGCUGAGGAUCUUGAUGACAGUGAUUUCAGUGAAGAUUCUUUUUCACACGUCUCCAGUCAGAGGACCACAAAGCAGAGAAACACCCUAGAGAACAGCAAAGGCUCAUUCUUCCUUCAUCAGAGGGAGGAAGGUCCUGUGGAGGUGGCCAAAAGGCAGCAGAGUCUGCUUUUUAACCCUAGGACAGAUGGUGACGAGACGGGUCCAACUGGAAACUGGAUGUACUCUAGGGACCCCACAAACUACAGAGGAGCAGCGCUCAGUCAUGGCCACGGCUCAAGUAAGGUGACUUUGGACUGCAACAGAGAGGAGUCUUCCUCCUUGGGGCUUUCCCCUAGAGACAACCCAACAGAGAAGCCUUACUGCUCACAGGUAGACUUUGUAUGUGGCCAGGAAGGUGGUGGAGACCCACCCUCUGAACUCAGACAGAAUGCUUUCAGAAGUGAGGUUCCUGGGCAGGUUGAGGGUAGUUCACUACCCGCAGAAGAAGACAGUUUCAUUUUCUCACUAUCCCAUGAGGCAUUUCCAGGAUCUCCAGACCAAAGAGAGACAGUCAGCACGCCUGUGAGAGAAGUUGGCCAAGACAGCCCAAGUCACCCAAUGGUGACUGAAACCAUGAAAAACAGUUACCCUUACCAAGAAGACAACUGUAGAGGGGAAUCAGACACAUGUUCUGAAUAUGCUUCUGGACUGAUGGCUCCCCUCACUGUGUCCCUCCUGGAGAACACAGACGACGAGGGCCCUCCUCCCUUGGAACGGCUGGCCCAGGAUGGGCUUGCUCACAGUCUAGUGGCAGCAGGGGGCCCUCCUGUGGGCCACACAGUGUCAUCCGGUGAUCAGAAGGCACUCCUGCCAGUGUCUUCAGCAGCUGGGCACUUGUGGCUUUCAUCAUCUCCCCCUGACAAUAAGCCAAAUGGUGAUCUUCCAGCUCUGUCCCCAUCACCCAUCCGUCAGCACCCACCUGAGACGUUGCCCAUCAGUGAGACUGACCCAGGGGAGGUCUGCCAGAGCAGAGAGCCUGUACUCUCCUCCCAGGAACACUCGAGUAGCCAGCGGUGUGAUGCUGAUGCUGAGGUGGCAGAGCUGAGCAGCUCCCAGGGUUUUCCAGGAAAGCCCUUCCCCCACAUACAUACUGGAGGACCCCACCCUGCACCUCUGCUCACCGCACGAACAGAAAGUAGUGAUAUGGCUGACCAGUCCUGGGCACAGGAACGAAAACCUCCAAAAGGACUUGAUUGGCAGGAGCUAAGUCUACUGAGAGACCCCAUCAAGUUGCCCUGCUACAACAACAACAUCGUGUGGUUCAAAUACAGGCCGAUCCCAAGGUGCUUAGCAAGACCAGGCUCUCCCCUGGCCCCUGGCUGCUCUCCAGAGACUGCAGGGACACUCCACCAGCUCACCCUGGGGCCUGCACAGCAGGUGGUCAUCCAAGCACACCAGGAACAACUGGAUAAAAUGGCAGAACUGGUCUUCAAGGAGGAGACCCUGAUGAGUCAGCUGUCUCUUCACGAUUUUGAAGAUUUUGUGACCCAGCUGGAUGAAAUCCUGGCUCUGAAAUCCCAGUGCAUCCAGGGUCUGAGGAGCCAGCUUCAGCUGUACCUGGCCUGCCACAGGCCAGCCACAGCCCCUGAGAGGACAGUGGUGGCUUAGAACAAGACCCGGUAUGAGGUGAUGGAGCAGCUCAGGAGGCUGUGCUGAAUUCCCAGGGGCUGGAGGGGCCUCUGCCAUCUCCUUCCAGAUCCUAGAACCCACUCCCUGGUCCUGCCCAUGUUAGCCUCUCCCCAGCCACACAUGGCCUCGAUUAGGCCCAAGCCUAUGUCCCUCAGUUCCAAGCACAGGAACAUUUGUAGGGAAGGGCAGAGCAGCCUGAAAAACUUAGUAUGCCCUCCUAUUCCUGUGGUACUGGAAGAGUAUUUAUCUUACUGACCCCUUGUCUGUGGAGAUAAGGUUCUAGAACAAUUACUAAAACCGAGGACACUUGGUUCUAGUAAUCUUGCGGAGGUUUCCAAAUUUUGAGGACCAGAGGAUGGGGUGGGCCAGUGCUAACCUAGAAGCUGGGGAAGAAAACAUGAUGAAUUUCAGGAGCUUUGUUAGCUGAAUGCUAUUCUUCAAGACUCGACCAAAAACUAAAACACUCCCCAUUAGCCCUUGGAGAGUGAUGGGACAGGCCUCAUGUCCCCAGUUACCCUCCCUCCCAGCAAUUCAGAGACAGAAGAGAGUACCCACAUCACUGCAUUACUCUUUUUAACAACACUCAUGCUCCUGUAGCAGUUCCUGGCUCCUGCCUCUUCACCUACCACACCCUCUCAUGGAA